AUGUCUGGAGUCAUGUGCGUGUGGGCAACCUUGCCGGAGGAGGCAUUGGACUGGUACGAGAACGAAUACCUUCCCGAAAGGACAAAUGCACACUCCAAAAGCACAAUCUAUUGUGAAGCCACAGAAAGUGGUCUUGAUUCAGAGCCGAUUGGUCAUUUGGGUACGCCUUGGGAAUUGAUGUCUGUGUAUGAGGUCGAAGAUAUCAAACAGAUGAGCAAAGAGAGCUAUGACAAGAAGACCCACCCACCCAAGGAGAUGAUGAAUGGAAUAUUGAAGGGCUCGCGCUUCGACGUAAAGACAUGUCGAGAAAUCGCCAGAUGGGGAGGUGACCAUUGGGAUGGGGACGUGAACCGAAUUACAAGUGUGACUGCUAUGGAAUGGCGAAUUCCCAAGGAGGAAGAGGAAGAAGUCAUCACUUUUUAUACCAAAGAUCUCGCGCCAAUGGUAGCCGAGUCUGAAGAUGUAUUGCGUUUCAGACUCUUCGAGGUCGAGAACGCAACUUUUCUCGAAGGCGAGAAUUACGUCACCAAGGAGAAGGAUUCUUUGCACACUUACUUCACCUUGGUUGAAUUUGAAACCGACGAGUGGCCAUGGGACAAGAUCAUGCAGCUUUCAGAGAAUCCCAAGUGGCGCAGAUACUUUGAAUCGCAGGAAAUAGUGAAAUGGCAAACCAGUCAUUACAUGGUGAACAGGGCCUACCUACCCGAACAGUCGUCGAAGCCAGACGAGGAAGACUCGAAAGCUAGCACCGCCUUCUCUCGAGACGAAUCAGCCAUGAGCUUUCCACGAAUAGCCCCGGGCGUUGGUUCGCCCAUGGUAUUCUUCAACUUUCCACCGGCAGUGUGCGUGUUGAUGCUUUGCAUCAUUUGCCAAGAAGACACUGAGUGA